AUGUCCAAGCUGUCGCCGAGCCUCAAGGCGCUCAUCAACGCGCCGUUUGCGCGGCCGGGCCCCGCGCCCGCGCCGGCCAAGAUCGGCGACAUCUACGCCGCGAUCGCGCGCGAGGCGGCGCAGAAGAAGAUUGGCGCCCGGCCGUGGAUCGCGCUGGCGACAGCCGCCUCCUUCACCAUGAACUCGCCCGACUCCAUCUCGGCGCUGUACAGCGUCGCCUCCUCCGCCUCUGCCUCCUCGUCCUCCCCGCCGACGAACCCCGUCCAGACGGCCGAGUUCAUGCGCGAGGUGGGCCUAAAGUGCAUCUCCUUCAACGGCAUCCCGCGCACGAUCAACUGCCUCAACGCCUUCCACGCCUCCCUGCCCGCCGACGUAACAGCCCAGCUCAGCACGACGCCCUCCCGCGCCGUGACGGCCCAGAACCUCGACGCCGUGGCGCAGCGCGGCCGCGCCCUCUGGGACUCGGUGUACGCGCCCUUCGAGGACAAGCUGUACGCCAAGCUCGCGCAGUCGCACCCGGACAUGCCGGUGCACAUCCUGCACAGCCACUACGGCCCCCUGCUGAGCGACCCGACCCCCCGGGAGAAGGGCUCGCUGGGCAGCGUGGGCCGCGUGCUGACGAGCGUCGUGGCGAUCGCGUGCCUGCGGGCGCAGAGCGGCGUGGCGCCGCAGGUGCUGUCGCACGUGUUCGGGUUGCGCAAGGCGGUCCUCGGGGACGGGUCGUACCGCGCGGACGCGCUGACCGAGGAGGAGAAGCGCGGGGCCGAGUGGCUCGCCACCGACGAGGGCGGGGAGUGGAUCCUCGGCAGCGUGGACCGGAUCGCGGCGGCGAUCGGGGGCGGGGAAGGGUCCAACUUUGCGCCGCGGCCGGCGGGGAGGGAGAGCAAGUUGUGA